AUGACAAUUAGUUACAAGAAAGAAACUCCACUUGAAAAACAUCUUCAUGAGUUUCGUGAUUAUCCGUUUAAAAUUCAAGUUGAAAGAUUGAAUACGAAUAAUACAAGAGUUUAUUUUUUGGAUAAAAAAACUGAAGAAAAAAUUUCUAUUCCUAAAGAUAUAACAUGUUUUAAUCUAACUAGUAGUCAAUAUGAAAAUUCUUUAAACAUCAAUG